AUGGAGAGCUACGGUGAUCUUCUGAACACCAACAAGGUCAUUCUGGACGAUGGAAACUAUGGUUUUUGGAAAUCAAGGAUGAAGUCCAUAAUUGGUGGGAUAGAUCGACUUGCCUGGAAGGCUGUUCUUGAGAAGUGGGAAGAACCAACAAUCAAGGAUGAAAAGGGUUCAGGGAUAGCUAAGCCGGAGGAGGAUUGGACUGAAGACGAGAUGAAAAAGUCGAAAUACAACUCUCGGGCUCUCACAGCUAUUCACUGCAGUGUAGGAAGAAAGCAAUUUGAAUUGAUUCAAGGAUGUGAGACAGUGAAAGAAGCAUGGGACAUUCUUCAAGUUCAAUAUGAGGGCACGACAAAGGUUCAUAGUUCCAGAAAAGACAUGUUGGUAUCUCGAUUUGAGAACUUAAGAAUGGAAGAGCAUGAAUCAAUUUCUGACUUUAGUUCUAAAAUUAGCACUUUGGCUCAGGAAGCGGUAACCUUGGGAAAGAAAUAUAAAGAUCAGAAAUUGGUUAAAAAGUUUCUUCGAUGCCUACCUACAAAGUUUAUGGCCUACAAGACUGCUUUAUGUGAGUCAACAACGUUGAAGAUUUAA